UUGAAGGUAUCUUACAUGCGUAUUUCUACCCCUUAAGGUUUCCUCUGUCCAAAUGUUGUAUUCAGUAUCACAUUAUAUACCUCAGCACCUUCAUAGUCCAUCUCUAUCCUCUCUUCCCUACACAUAUCUACUACUAUUACCUCCUUAAGCAAUAUCUGGGGAGUAUAAUUCAACCAACUCUAUACAUUAAGUCAAACCGACAAAUAUGGCACCCUCCGCGAUCUCUACAUCUCCCCCUAGGUACUCCUCGUACGCAGAUGGGUAUGCCGUACAGGCCGGCGUACCCAACUUCCAGGGCUACGAUCAUGUCACCUGGUGGGUAGGUAACGCGAAGCAGGCCGCCUCGUACUACACUACGCUCUUUGGUUUUGAGACGGUUGCGUACCGCGGCUUAGAAACUGGCAGCCGAUAUUUCACAUCACACGUCGUGGCCUGCGGUGAUAUCCGCUUUGUGUUCACGUCGCCGAUCCGCUCGUACGCCUACCUGCCUAAAGAUGAACCCAUCACCGAAGACGAGCGGAAACAACUUAAGGAGAUGCACGACCACCUCGAGAGACAUGGCGACGCCGUACGUGACGUUGCCUUCGAAGUUGAUAGCGUGGAGGGCGUAUACAACCACGCCAUAUCCCAAGGCGCCGUCUCCGUCCAACCCCCUACGCUCCAGCGCGACAAGCAGCACGGCGACGUGCUAACAGCCGUGAUUCGGACUUACGGCGACACGACACAUACCUUGAUCUCGCGGCGGAACUACACGGGGCCCUUCCUCCCGGGUUUCCAAGCGCGCUCCUCGCCGCCGUCUACCACAUCCCUACCGCGCGUCGACCUAGCCUGCAUCGACCACUGCGUCGGCAACCAGUCGUGGGACGAGAUGGUGGCGGCCUGCGACUUCUAUGAGCGGUGCCUGUCGUUCCACCGAUUCUGGUCGGUGGAUGACAGCCAGAUAUGCACGGAGUUCAGCGCGCUGCGCAGUAUCGUGAUGAGCAGCGCCAACGAUGUCGUCAAGAUGCCCAUCAACGAGCCGGCGCUGGGGAAAAAGAAAUCGCAGAUCGAGGAGUUCGUCGUGUUCAACUCGGGCCCCGGGGUCCAGCACAUCGCGCUGCUGACGCCAGACAUCGUGUCCGCGGUGUCGGCCAUGCGCGCCCGCGGCGUCGAGUUUAUCGCCGUCCCGGACACGUACUACGAGACGAUGCGGGAGCGCCUACGCACAGAGAAGAGGACCUGGGAGCUCCAGGAGGAGUUCGAGACCCUGCAGCGGCUCAACAUCCUCAUCGACUACGACGAGGGCGGAUACCUCCUGCAGCUCUUCACCAAGCCGCUCAUGGACCGCCCCACCGUCUUCGUCGAGAUCAUCCAGCGCCGCGAUUUCGACGGCUUCGGCGCCGGGAACUUCAAGAGCUUGUUCGAGGCUAUCGAGCGGGAGCAAGCUCAGAGGGGGAACUUGUAGGGUACAUACCUACCUCUACCUACUUAUCUCUAGAUACCUACAUGGGUCAGGUACCUAAAUUAACGAGACCAUGGCACGAUAACGCAGCAAAUACGGAUCAAUCCAUUGAUUUAUAAAUUCUAUACACCGUAUCGUUAAUAUACCUCCAUUUGAGGUGUGAGAUCGUCAGGGGAGGAUCACGCUUUACAGAGGUACCUAAUGUUAGGAUAUGUAUUAGGAGGUAGGUGGUAGGUAACCCGGUACAAAACCUCUUUGUAAAUAGGAUAACUACCUAAAGUUGUAGCUAGUUACCUCUAGCUACCUGCCUGGGUUUCUGCCGUUCAUUCGGAUACCAUCUCUAUACUUUUGCUUCCCAUCCCGAACUAGAUAUCGGUAGCGCAUAUAGCGCCCUAUUCUAUACGAAUUAACCUCCUCAUCCCCGAG